UCCAGCGGGUGACGCCACUUCCGCCGCGCUUCCUGGAGGCGCCAAGAUGGACGCUGCGCGGGCCCGGGAGCAGCUCCGGCGGCGGUACCUGUUCUCGCCCGACGCCGAGGCCUCGCUGGACGGCAGAGGCUGCGCCGGGCCGGGAGCCUCUGCAGCUGUUGAGAAAAAGCAAAAACCUCUUCCAAGACUUAAUGUCCAUUCUGGAUUCUGGAUAUUGGCAUCCAUUGUUGUGACCUAUUAUGUUGAUUUCUUUAAAACUAUUAAAGAAAACUUUCACACUAGUAGUUGGUUUCUCUUUGGCGGCGCCUUGUUGCUUGUGAGCGUGUCCAUUGCGUUCUACUGCAUUCUCUAUCUGGAAUGGUAUCGUGGGAUUGAAGAUUAUGAUGUCAGGUAUCCAACCCUGAUACCCAUCACAACUGCUGCUUUUAUCGCGGCAGGAAUUUGCUUCAACAUUGCUCUGUGGCCCGUGUGGUCGUUUUUCACUCCGCUGCUGCUGUUCACCCAGUUUAUGGGCCUCGUGAUGUUCGUCUCACUCCUGGGGUGAUUCCUGCAGGUUCCAGGGCCUGUAAACCGAACCAUUAAACAUCCAGUUGACUGGCAGCGUUCCAAAUGUGGAAAAGCUACAAGGUGUUUCUGCAUCCGGAAGUGAGUGGUGUUCUAGGAAGAAUUGUAACUUCAUUGAUCUGUGGUUGAAAUCAGAAUAAAUUAUAUUUUAUUUGCAUAUUCUUAAACUCAGAUCAUAUUUCAGAUUCAGAAUAGGAAUAUUCUCUUUAAAUAGAAAUAACUAAGUUGCAAUGUGAAUCUGUUUGACCCCUGGAGAAAGGAUUGGUGUGGACGUCUGAAUGAAGCUUCAUUAUAGAUGCGCAGUACUCCCGGUGUUGUAGGUGGAUUGCUCGCUCUUCACUUGUGAGGUGACGGACGUGUCCAUGUGCCUUUAACCCAUUAGCAGUGACUGUGGACCUCACUGAGUAAUGCCUUCGUUAGUGAGAGGACCAGCCGAACGUAUUCUAUGCAUUCCUAUUUGGAUUUUACCGUUCUAUGUAAAUUAUUAGGUUUUCAGCAUGUUUAACAUAUGAACUUUUAAUGAUUUUUAAGUAUGUAUGAUUAUUUUCCUUAACAUUUAAAUAAAAUAUUUUUAUAACUUU